CAAUGGGUGUCUGACCUAAACACUCCUCACACUUAAAAGACAUUCACUCCCACUCUCUCCCUCUCUCUUCCCCCCCUCUCUCUGUCUCUCUCCCUGCUUUUGACUCACUCCCUCUCUGUCAGCAAAGGAGCUGAACUCCAGCCUGAGCUGUGAGGGGAGAUAAGGAGCUGGAUGAGGGAGGACUGACGGCGCUGCCACCUUGCUGGAGAAGCUGUGACACAACAGACACAAGCAUCAUUUUGUUGGCUUGGAGGAGCUCUUAGUGGAGGCGUGACAAAAAGUAGAUUCCGCCAUUGCAGAUCUUCCACCAAUAACCAAGAUUGGCCUUUAGUCAUAGAACUAAACGGAUAUUUAUUUCACUAAUUCCGCGUUCCACAUCCACCAUGGGUACACAAAGCCUUCUGAGCUGUGUUCUCCUAAUUGCUUUGCUCAGCUUAUCAAAUGCUGGGCUUGUGAAGAAAAUCAUGCGGCAUCGACGGCAGACUGUGGCGUUCCCUAAAGAACAUAACAUCACCCUCCCCAACACGGACCACCCCGUGGUUUUCAACCAUGUCUACAACAUCAAUGUUCCUGCCAGCUCCUUGUGCUCAGUGGACCUGGACGCCCCAGAAAGCACUCAGCUCUAUCCUAAAGAUGCAGCCGUCUCUGCGGGCCAUCACAUCACUGAACAGACACUUGAUAAGGAGAACCAGAUCAUCUUUACCCACCGCAUCAACAUACCUCGGAAGGCCUGCGGUUGCAGCGACGACCUACCCGGCCUGAAAGACCUCAUGAGCCGGCUGGAAAUGCUUGAAGGAGAAGUUUCAGCUUUGAGAGAUCACUGCAGCAGUGCACAAGUUACAGGUAAGGUGGGAACAAAACCUUUCUGCAAUGGUCAUGGAAACUACAGUGCUGAAACCUGCGGCUGUAUAUGUGAUCCAGGCUGGAAGGGACCCAACUGCACGAAGCUCGAGUGUCCAAAUAACUGCCAGCAGCGAGGACGCUGUGUGGACGGAAAAUGUGAGUGUUUCAAGGGUUUCACCGGAGCAGACUGCACUCUCGAGGUCUGCCCUGUGGACUGCGGAGCACAAGGCCGUUGUGUGGGUGGCAGUUGCAUCUGUUUGGACGGUUUCUUCGGUGAAGACUGCUCUCAAAGCAAGUGCCUAAACAACUGUCUUGGCCGCGGUCGUUGUGAUGAUGGAGACUGCGUGUGUGAUGAACCUUGGACUGGCUUUGACUGCUCUGAGCUCAUCUGCCCCAAAGAUUGCUAUGACCGUGGACGUUGUGACAAUGGCACCUGCUACUGUGAUGAAGGAUUCACCGGGGAGGACUGUGGAGAUCGUACCUGUCCCAACAACUGUCGUAGUAAUGGUUUCUGUGUCGAUGGCCGGUGUGUCUGCACUGCUGGCUACAGUGGAGAGGACUGCUCCCAGCUUACCUGCCUCAAUGAUUGUAAUGGCAGAGGCACGUGCUUCAAUGGGAUGUGUAUCUGUGACACUGGUUACCAAGGCGAAGACUGCAGCCAGUUGGCAUGUCUGAACAACUGCAACAACAGAGGCCAGUGCAUAAAUGGACAGUGUGCCUGUGAUGUUGGCUUCCAGGGAGAUGACUGCUCCGAACUGUCCUGUCCCAGCAGCUGCCUGCAUAGGGGGCGCUGUGUUAACGGCCAGUGUGUUUGCGAGGAGGGCUUCGCCGGCGAAGACUGCAGCAUCCGCACCUGCCCUUCAAACUGCUACGGCCGUGGCGAAUGUAUUGACGGACGCUGUGUGUGUCAUGCAGGCUUCACUGGUGAGGACUGUGGUGAGCUGAGCUGCCCCAACAACUGCAGAAACCGUGGCCGGUGCAUCGAUGGACAGUGUGUUUGCGAUGAAGGAUUCAGUGGAGAAGACUGCAGUCAGAAAGCUUGUCCCAAUGACUGCCUGGCUCGGGGUUACUGCCUCGAUGGCAAGUGCGUCUGUCAGGAAGGCUACUCAGGAGACGACUGCUCUGUGCUCACCUGUCCAGAUAAUUGUAACAACAGGGGGCACUGCAUCAAUGGACGGUGCUCAUGUGAGAGCGGAUAUGAAGGGGAAAGCUGCGCAGAGCUGAGCUGCACUAACAACUGCCAGGACAAAGGCCGCUGUGUGAAUGGUCAGUGCGUGUGUGAUGAGGGAUACAUUGGAGAGGACUGCUCAGAAGUGUCUCCUCCAAAGGACCUCACUGUCGGCGAGGUCACCCCCGAAACCGUGGAUCUGUCCUGGAACAAUGAGAUGCUGGUCACAGAGUACCUCAUCACCUAUGUGCCCACCUUUCCUGGGGGUCUUCUGCAGGAGUUCACAGUGUCAGGAGACAAAAGUGCUGCCACUGUGAAAGAGCUUGAACCUGGCAUUGAGUAUUUUAUCAAUGUCUACGCUGUGCUGAGCAAUAAGAGGAGCAUCCCUGUCAGUGCGAGGGUGGCCACAGAUCUCCCACAGCCAGAGGGUUUACGAUUCAAAUCAGUGAGAGAGACAUCAGUAGAGGUAGUGUGGGACCAGCUGGACAUUCCCUUUGACGGCUGGGAGAUCUAUUUCCGCAACACGAAAGAAGAAAAUGGAAAAGUUUCAAGCACCCUCCCAUCCUCUCAAACCCAGUUCCUCCAGACGGGGCUUGGUCCAGGGCAAGAGUAUGAAGUUUCCAUCAACAUCAUCAAGAACAAAACCAGAGGACCCCAAACAUCCCAAACAGUCACCACUAAGAUCGAUGGACCCCGGCAGGUGGAGGUUAAGGAUGUAACGGACUCCUCGGCUCUGAUCAGCUGGUCUCAGCCGGUGGCUCCUAUGGACAAAGUCACCAUGUUUUACUGGCCCAGCUCCAACCCCUCAGAUGAAACCUCUGUGGACAUUUUCCCUCCAGAUAAGCAGUACAGCGUUGAUGGUCUGACAUCCGACACUGAGUACACGGUGUCGCUCAUCUCCAGGAGUGGAGAACUCUCCAGUGAUCCAGCCACUGCCACAUUCACUACAGCCCUGGAUGCCCCUGCAGACCUGCAGGCUAUCUCCCAGACAGACAGCAGCAUCACUCUGGAGUGGACCAACAGUCAAGCGGCUGUUGGCAGCUAUCGAGUUAAAUACAGUCCGAUCUCUGGAGCGACUCACGGUGAGGAAGUGUUUCCACGAGGUCCAGGACGUACCACACAAGCUACUAUCACUGGGCUGAAGCCAGGAACUGAGUACGGGAUCGGAGUGACUGCCGUGAAGAAUGAGAGAGAGAGUCUUCCUGCUACUACUAAUGCAGCAACUGACCUCGACCCUCCCAAAGAUUUUGAGGAAGUCGAGUCCACAGAAACAUCCCUCAGCGUGAGGUGGCAGAAACCGCAGGCCAAAGUGGGUGGAUACCAGCUGGUUUACAUCUCCAGGGAUGGACAGGUGGAGGAGGCAGAGAUCCCGGCCUCAGCCACCAGCUUUGUCCUGACUAAUUUGACUCCUGGGAUGAGCUACACCCUCAGUCUGACUGCAGAGAGAGGACACAGGAGGAGCAAACCCAUCUCCUUACCUGCAUCCACGGCCUCUUUCACUUUUUAUUUAGCUGACUCAGACGACCAUGAGUUCACAGCUCCUACAGGCUCGGAGGACAAUGUCAUUAGCUUUGUGCAGUUAGACCCCUCUGAGUCCCAGUUUUCUGGGACGGAGCCUGAGGAUGUGCUUGAAGCGCUGACUGUCUCAGGCGUCACGCCUGACGGAUUUGACCUCUUGUGGAAACUAAAGCCUCACAAUAUCUAUGAUAAUUUGGCAGUAGAAUAUAAAGACACUCAGCGAUUGUGGGAUGUGAGAGAGUUGCAGCUUCCUGGAGAUGCCCGAGGCACUAAAAUCCAUGGCCUGAAGGCAUCAACAGAAUAUCAAAUAAAACUUUACGGAAUAACGAGUAGCGAGCGAUCUGCACUACUUGAAGCUGUUGCAGUCACAGCACCAAAGCCUACCUCUCCAGAUGCACUUAUGCUGAGUAUCAAAGACGCCCCGACACCCCCGCAGUCUGUUCUGGAUAAUUAUAACCCAGUUUCCCUCCAUCCUCUAAACACCGAAGCACCUUCCACUUCUGAUACUGGUGUGAGGAGCUCGGGGACAGAGCCUGAGAGCUCAGGCAUGGACAUACUGAGUGACCUCACAGUCAAUGUUACCGCCACUAGUGUAAUCCUGGCCUGGUCUGCGCCUGAAGAGGCGUUCGAUAGCUUCCUGGUGGAGCUCAGUGCUGCAUCAGCAGCGAUGCAGCCUCAUGUGACCACACUGCCAGGAGGUGCGAGGAGGGCUGAAAUACAGGGUCUGUCCCCCUCCACACACUAUGAUAUUACAUUACAAGGGCUGGUGGAAGGGAAGCCAUCUUUGCCUCUCAAAGUUUUUGCCACUACAGCGGAGCUGAAACCGAUGGUGAUGAACCUCACCAUCUCUGACAAUACAUGGGACAGCUUCACUGCGUCCUGGAGCCCCUCUGGUGGGGAGUUUGACAGCUUUGUCAUAGAGGUAACAAACUUGGAGAAUUUCGCAGAGAGCCAGAACCUCACUCUGUCCGGAGACGCUUUGAGCCUUGGCAUCUCUGGGCUCAAUCCUAACACCAGCUACAUGGUUGGCCUGUAUGGGAUGUAUCAGGGCUCCUUCCUGGAGCCUGUGUACACUGAAGCCACCACAGGUGGCAAAUGAUUAAAUCUUCUUGUCAUUAUCAAGGUAAAAAGCUAAUAUGAUAUAAUCUAAGGUUAACAGUAAUACCACUUUGUUUCACAUCAGAACUACACUUUCUGUUGCAUGUUUGCAUGAAGAUAGUUUCUCAUAGCAUGUAAGAUGUUUUUUUAAAUUUAACGUUGGCUCCAACUCCUUGCUUUGAAUUGCCCUUGUGCAGCAUUUUACAGAAUUUAUCCUUAAACUAACAGAUCAUCUACAUGAUCAAAUCGUGCUCCAUAUGCAUGAAGUCUUGCUCCUUAAUCACAUUUUCACAUUUAAAUCAACACUUAAUUCUUAAACUUACAGGCCACUAGGUUUAAGCUAUUUACCAUGAAGGCUUUUUAAGCUUCUCUCCUUGGCAUUUAUUACACAUUUCUUACUAGCAUUAUUAUUAUUAUUAUUAUUAUUAUUAUUAUUAUUAUUAUUAUUAUUAUUAUUAUUAUUAUUAUUUUAGGAAAACACAUCCAGUUAAGCCAAAAUUAUUUAUACUCAUGCCAAAUUUUGACUUACGGUCUUUGGGAUAGAAGUGACAUAAAAAGUGAAAAAAGACAGUGAGACAUUGUAAAUAGUAAUGAAACAUUUUAACCAUUUUAAUGUGUUUGUUGUUUUGCUUUUGCCACCACAUCAAUCAAACAGUUUUAUUAGCAAUCUUGUCAUGUCUCCACUGGGAUUUUGUUCCUCUUUGUGAUGAUCUCCAGCUCUUUGAGGUUGAAUGGUUUCUCACCAUCACUCUGGUGUUCAGUUCCUGCACAGAUUCUGGAUGAAUUCAGUUCUGGAUCCUUUCUGUGCUGCUCCAAUAUUUUCAUUCAUAUUAACUAUUACUUCACCACUUUGGCUAUAUGUUUCAGAUCAUCGUCUUGUUAGAAGUUCCAAUGCUGCCCCAGCACAUGUUCUUCUGCAUCUGUCUGAUGUUUUCCUUGAGGAUCUUAAUGUUGUCCUCGUCUCUCGUGAUGCUGUUUACUUUGACAAGGUUUACUGGUCUAUUGGCUGUAAAACAAUCCCAAAGCAUCACAUUCCCAUCACUGUGUUUGACUGUGAGGAUGAUGUUCUUGGGGUUUAAUGCUUCUUCUUCUUCUUUCAUCUUUGUGUCCAAACAACCCCUUUUUCAUCUCAUUUGGCUAAAGAGCAGAUGACUAGAUGCUUCAAUCGAGUGGAGCUAAGUUUUUCCAUAUAUGUCUCAGAGAAGUGGCAUCCUGCUUGGUCUUCAUCCAUGGAGAUCAGCCUUGGUCUCAGUGUCUGGUUGAGAUGUUGCUUAGAUUUAUAAGGAUGAUCUUGAUGAUGGCCUUUGGAUUCUUCUUGGUCUCUACCCAGUGGCGGGCCGUGCAUUUCACACCUAGGCCUUCAAUAGUGCCCCGCCUGUAUCAAUCCACCCCACAAUAACUAUUUUAUGGCUAAAAAAAACUCUUAUUAUGCAGAAAUGCAGUAUAAAGAGCCAUUGAAUCGCAGGUAGAUAACUCAUGUAGCCACAAUAAAUAUCUUUACUCAAGAAACGUCUCCUUCUAAUGCAGCUACAGCUGCAACACACAUAAAAAACAUCAAUAAUAACUUCAGAAAAUUGCAAUAUUAUUUAGGAAAAUAGCAACUUUUUCCUCACCAAAAAUUCUGAUUAUUUGUACACAAAUCCAUCCUCAUUUCUUUCCUCAAAAAGAGCUUUAUUACUCUGUCGUACAGAUUAUCUGUGUGCUUCAGUUCCAUGAAGAAGUCCUUUUCUAUCAGCAUCGAAGCUAUUGCUGAAAGUCGAGCCUGCCCUGUCGUAUUCCUGGCAUAAGUUUUAAUUUGCUUUAGGGCUGAAAAUGUCCGCUGGACAGGAGCAGUGGACACGGAGAUGAUCACCACCAAACACACAAAUGUGUACAGCUGCCCCAUGCUCUCACUCAGAUUUUUCUGAUGAAGGAAGUCAAGGAGAUCAGUGGGAGAUUUUCCUGCAAAAUCAUCCAUGGCAUACAUUACAGUCAGUUCUGUUUUUAACCGAAAAGUGUUCCAUGGCUCUGUGUUACGCUGGAGAAGGCUGCAUGCGGGGAAUUUUUCUUGUAUUCCUGAAACUUCUGGGGGUUGAGGAGGAUGACAAACAUCAGUUUUUCGUGAUCUUGAAAUCUGGUACAUGUCUGGCAAAUAAUAUUGUCCAGAAUCCUGCUAUGGAGUUGGUGGCAGUGCGUGUGAGGAUCUUGCGCUUGACCUCUGCCUGCGCUUGGAGCGUCUGUGGUGCGUUCAGUGGCCUCGUAGAGUUCCUCUUAUCGACUUCUCUCUCGCUCAACGUUGUCAUAAAACCCCUUUACCCUAGCCAGACAAAACUUUACAUCCAGUUUUGUGUCCUGUAGUAUUAAAAAGAGCACAUCUGAAUACUCAAAAAUGCCAUUAAAUAUGUGAAGCCUUUUCUUCCUUGUGACAGGCUUGCUAGCUUCGGAAUUGCCCGAUCUUUCUUAACGAUGUCUAGCUGUUCUUGAAAAGUGCAUCUUGAAAACGGCUUUGACAAUAAAUCUACAACCAAAUCCAUUUCUUCUCCUCCUUCAGCCAUUGUGGGUUGACAAAACAGCUAUUUAAUCAACACAACUAUAUUUCUGUUCGUGCAGCCCGCUACAGAUGCAAUUUCCGAGCUCUGGCUAGUAAACUCUGACUAUCCAAUCAAAGGGUGUGAAUACGCUGAUGUUACCGUACGCCUGCUAGAGGGCCUUGGUGUCGCCAUCUCAAAAUCUGAUUGGUUGAAGCAACAGUUUAAUCGACAUUUAUUUUUUGCUGGAGGGCCCACAGAACUGAUUGUGAAGGCCUCCAGGCAGAUUUCUUUGACUUUGACCCUGCCUGGCAACAAAUUCAUGGAUGAAAUGUGAUUGGUUAAAUGCUUUAAUAUGAAAAGACAUGUCUGGAAGCAGCACAACCAGGGGAAAAGCUAUGAAAAGAAGCAGACAGACCAUUUGGAAUUAUUUAUUUAUUUUAGUAUUCAUGGGCUAAAUAUAAUUAACAUCAGUCUGUGGUUCAGAUAUUUUUUCAGCCAGCAGAGAAGGCUUUGCAGGCCCUGACGGCCCACCACUGUCUCUACCAUUCUUACCAUUGCAGGAGUCACUAUUGUCGUCUUACCAUGUCUUUUGAGAUGAGAUUCCUCACAGCAUGAACCUUCUUGUACUUUGUGACUCUGCUUUGCACUUUGUACCACUGACAUAAUAUUUUGAAGUGUUUUUUUUAUCCUUUCACUGCAUUGUGAGCAGCCACAAUGAGCAGCUCACUCUCAGUGAUGGACGUUAAUGUUGAGCUCACAGAGCUUUUUGGUUUAGCAACAACUUGCAGUUGACUAAUAACUGACUAGAGAACUGCUGCAUCAGCUGUUCUUAGUUUAUAAUGUCUUAGAAUUCUCUAGAACAUGAUAAAAAUUAACAGGACUGUUUUGAAUGGUACAGAAGUGCCAUUUUCUCAAAACUAAUUUGCAGAAGUAUGGAUCACUUUGGACAAGUCUUAUGGUUUUAUGUCACUUCUAUAUCUUGUUUCCAACCAGAAGAAACCUGUUGGUCCAAUAAAAUUUCACUAUAAAUCAAAUUUGGCAUUAGUAUAAAUAGCUUUAGGAUUAACAGUAGAUGUUAUUAAAUUCAAGCUGCUAUUUAAUUUAUAGUGGGAUUUUUUUGUGUGUUUUCAUCCAUAAAUAUAUGCAUGUAUUUAAUCUUUUAUUAAGCUACUCAGACUAUGAGGAAUUGCUGUUGGUGGUGGUGAGUGUCCUGCUGUGCUAUAUUUUUGAAGGAUAAUCAGUCAAUUAGCUGUCCAUAAUUUAUCUCUCAUUUAGACACGUGUGUUCUGCAGAACGGCUGUGAUGAAAAUCUAAUCAUUGUUUCUUUCUUUAGUGAAACAACCAGUGAUUGGCAAACUCUAUAUCUCAGACUUAACGUCAGAGAGCUUUUCAAUCCUCUGGAACAACACUGAAGGAGAAUUUGAUGGUUUUGUCUUGGAGAUAAUUGAUUCUGAU